CCGUAGUCCGUAAUAUGUUUGGCUAUAAACAUUACGGGUAGCAGCAUAAAUCCUCUCCUUCCUUUGUUUUAUCCUUGUACUACUCCAUACUCCAUAGAUACACUUUCUCUGUCAUAUCAGUAACACAAAAAGGGCUUUAAUGGAGGUUUAAGAUUAGGGUUUUCAAACUGAAUCAGUCAACCAAUUUAACUACCACCAUGUCUUCUUCACUCAUACUAAAGCCUACCUCACUCUACACUCAUUGUUCUCGCUCUUCGCUAUUUGCUUUAUCAACCAACUCAAGAGUUUCCAUUUCUUCAGUCAGUUUUCCGAGGUAUUUCACCACUCGACGCCGAUUAUCUCUCGGAAUUCGUGCUUUGAACAAUUCAUCUUCUGAUAGUAAUACCAAUGACACUGACAUUGGCAAUUCCCAGCCAAAAAACAGGAAGGAUAUUCUGCUGGAGUAUGUGAAAAAUGUGCAACCAGAGAUUAUGGAAUUGUUUGUUAAAAGGGCAUCUCCACAGGUGGUGGAGGCAAUGCGUCAAACUGUUACAAACAUGAUUGGCAGUUUACCUCCACAAUUUUUUUCUGUAACUGUAACUACUGUGGCUGAAAAUCUUGCUCAACUUAUGUAUAGUGUAAUGAUGACUGGCUAUAUGUUUAGGAAUGCACAGUUCCGAAUUGAACUCCAACAAAGUUUAGAACAGGUGGCUCUUCCUGAACCGCAAGAAAAUAAGGAUGCUCCAGAUUAUGCUCCAGGUACGCAGAAAAAAGUGUCGGGUGAAGUUAUUCGGUGGAAUAAUGUCUCGGGACCUGAGAGAAUAGAUGCUGAGAAGUACAUUGAGCUGCUUGAAGCUGAACUAGAAGAAUUGAAUCGUCAAGUUGCUAGAAAAUCUACGAAUGGUCAAAAUGAGUUGUUAGAAUAUAUGAAGUCUCUUGAACCCCAGAAUUUGAAGGAGCUGACAAGCACUGCCGGAGAAGAUGUCAUUCUGGCAAUGAACACAUUCAUAAAGCGCCUGUUGGCUGUUUCAGAUCCUGCUCAAAUGAAGACUUCUGUUUCGGAGACUAGUGCGACUGAACUUGGCAAGCUAUUAUAUUGGCUAAUGGUGGUGGGCUAUGGUCUCCGCAAUAUUGAAGUCCGUUUUGAUAUGGAAAAAGCACUCGGAAGUCCACCUAAGCUGGCUGAGCUACCUCCAGGGGAAAUCAUUUAGGUUCUGCUGAGGAAUUGUCUAUUUAUGUUCUCCAUUAUUAUGAAUUCAUCAUUUUAAAGCUGCUAGUGACGUGAUUUAUUUAUGUCCAGCUCUAGCUUAAUAGAGGUUUAUAUUCCAUAGAGAAUAGGUUAUAAGAUGAGAUAUUCAAUGAGAAAUGGAUUUUCAGCACACCCUCUUUCUUUUAGAUACAAGUUCAUAAGCCUAUCAUGUUU